AUGGUCAUGUACUUCCCAUCGGCAACAAGCUGCGGGUUCGAGUUCUCUCCGACGAUGAUUGGCAACACCAUCGUCAACACCUCCCCGACUGCAUUCAUGGAGGUAGGAAACUUGCAGGUUCUCAACCUGCACUACGUUCCAAACGGGCUGAGAGCGUUCCGCACAACCCCCCGGUCGCUCGACCUGGAAGCCCGUAUCCACGGCUACCUGUUGGAGGGGGUAGCGGAAGGCUCUGGAGAUGGCUUGUGCGCGCGCCUGCGGGCUGUUUCCAGAAACCUCCAAGCCCUCACCAUUUCCCGGGUCUAUUCUCUCGACCGGUAUUGUUUUAACCUGGAGAAUGACGACCAGCAUAGCUGGCCCUACUUGGAGAAGUUGUGGAUUGACUCCGCCCUCUUCUCACUAUCUGGGAAGUAG